AUGUUUGCUGCCUCCAGAAUCCAGACCCGGGCUUUCUCUGCUUCGGCCCGCAACCUUUCCAAGGUUGCCGUUCUUGGUGCCGCUGGCGGUAUCGGCCAGCCGCUUUCCCUGCUCCUGAAGCUGAACCCCCGUGUCACCGAGCUCGCCCUCUACGACAUCCGUGGCGGCCCUGGUGUCGCCGCUGACAUCUCCCACGUCAACACCAAGUCCAACGUCACCGGCUACGACCCCACCCCCGAGGGUCUCGCCGCCUGCCUCAAGGAUGCCGAGAUCGUCCUCAUCCCCGCCGGUGUUCCCCGCAAGCCCGGCAUGACCCGUGACGACCUCUUCAACACCAACGCCUCCAUCGUUCGCGAUCUCGCCAAGGCCGUUGCCCAGUCUGCCCCCAAGGCCAAGACCCUGGUCAUCGCUAACCCCGUCAACUCGACCGUCCCCAUCUGCGCCGAGGUUUUCAAGGCCCGCGGCGUCUACAACCCCAAGACCCUCUUUGGUGUCACUACGCUCGACGUCGUCCGCGCCAGCCGCUUCGUCUCCGCCAUCAAGGGCACUGACCCCAAGGACGAGAACAUCACCGUCGUUGGUGGCCACUCCGGCGUCACCAUCGUUCCCCUCUUCAGCCAGAGCAGCCACCCCGACCUGACCUCCAACGCUGACCUCGUCAAGCGUGUCCAGUUCGGUGGCGACGAGGUCGUCAAGGCCAAGGACGGUGCCGGCUCUGCUACCCUCUCCAUGGCCAUGGCCGGUGCCCGCAUGGCUGACUCGCUCCUCCGCGCCGCUGCCGGCGAGAAGGUCAUCGAGCCCACCUUCGUCGAGUCUCCCCUCUACAAGGACCAGGGUAUCGACUUCUUCAGCUCCAAGGUCGAGCUCGGCCCCGAUGGUGUUAAGGAGAUUCUCCCCGUCGGCAAGGUUGACGCCGCCGAGCAGGCCCUCCUCGACGCCUGCAUCGUUGACCUCAAGAAGAACAUCGAGAAGGGUGUCUCCUUCGUUGCCCAAAACCCUGGCAACUAA